CUCCCCCAUUUCUUCCCCCUUCCUAUCCCAAACCCCAAACCCCAAUCUCCGUGACUCGAUCCGGGCUGGGCGAUCCCUUCCUCACCUCGCGCACUGCGAUGACGGAACCGGCGGCGACGGCCAUCUCCGAAGGAGGCGUCGCCCCAGGCUAUGCGGCCUCCGUCGACUCCUCCCCUCGCUCUCGAGGCGGCGACUCCUGGGACGAACCGUUCUCUUCGUCUGCCGCCGCGGCGGUGUCGUCGCGCCUCCGGCUGAUGUGCAGCUACGGAGGCCGCAUCGUCCCCCGCCCCACCGACAGGGCCCUAUGUUAUCUCGGCGGCGAGACCCGCAUGGUCGUCGUCGACCGCAACUCCUCCCUCGCUGACCUCACCGCCAAGCUCUCCCGGGACCUCCUCGGCGGUCUCCCCUUCUCCCUCAAGUACCAGCUCCCCAACGAGGACCUCGACUCCCUCAUCUCCGUCGCCACCGACGAGGACCUCGAGAACAUGAUCGAGGAGUUCGAUCGCAUCUCUGCCGCCGCGGGCGGCGGCGCCGGCGGCUCGACCCGUUCCCCCCGACUCCGGCUGUUCCUGUUCCCGUCGAUGCCGGAGUCGGAGCAUUCGUCCACGAUCGGGUCGUUGUUGGACGAGUCAAAGUCGGAGACGUGGUUCGUCGACGCCCUCAAUAGCGCGAUUGGCUGCAUGGGCAUGGAUGGCCUCCCCCGUGACUUCUCCGCGGACUCCGCCUCCAUCAACGGCAUCCUCGGCCUCGAGGACAACUCCUCCGUUCACUCUCGCAGCGGCGGCGGCGGCGGCGCCCACCGGGAGCCAGAGCAACUCGGUCUCCACCGCCCGGACUCGUCGUGCAAGCUCGGCCGCCAUGGCCAUGAGGCUCACUCUGUCCCCGAUUCGCUAAUGCUCGAUAAGUCUUCCUCCUUCGGGUCCACCUCUUCGGCUCCAUCCCUCUCUAAUCUCCCACCUAUCCCUGUCCCCACAGAUGACCGCCCUGCGGAUCACCGCAUCGCCGGCCUUGACGACCACUUGGCCCACAUGCGCCUCUCACCCGACUCGGCCACCAGCCAGAGACCUAACGAGGGUUUCAAAGAACCAAUCUAUGCACCCCAGCGGCCACCUCCGCCUAACCCUCUCCCGACUGACUCUGCUUCCUCUCCUACCAUCUCCGCCACUGAAAACUUCAAUAGGGUCUUCUCCGAUGACGAGAGGUCCGAGCACGCUGGGCUCCGUAAGCUACCGCAACCUCCAAAACCCACCCACAUCGGUGCUACCGCCUUGGAUCCAGCGUCAAGGCCUACGUACUUGAAUCCGAAUUCUGAUCCGAAGGUCUCUUCUGAUCUUAGCUAUCGUGAUCCAUUGCCUACUGAUGCUCCCGGUCAUGUAUUGCCUGUUAUGCAGACGGAGCAACUCCAGCAGCAACAAUUCCAUCCCCACCUAUAUCAACAGCAACCACAGUUCAUUCCCAGGAAUCCCCACUACAUCCACCACCCAGCGGCCACCAUGCCUUCCUACUACCCUACUGCAGCCCAUCCGACGCAGCAAUCGCCGCAAGCGCAUCCAUUCGACCCCCAGCUUCAAUUGUACUACAUGCCUGUUGGUCACCCCGUGCCAUAUCCUUUGGCUGCAGUUCAGCCCAAUUUGGCGGAUCCCAAUUCCGUACCAUCAUCUGGAAUGCUGGCUGUGCCAGUUCCGACGAAGCCUGACUUGCCACCGAGUUUGUACAGGGCAGCUGCCCCGGGACCUGCACCUGCUGCAUUGCAGCCACAACUGAUCUCUGUACCUUCCAACCAAGCUCAUGCCUAUGCCGGAACAGGGUAUCAUGUAAUGCAGCAACCCCACCUUUCUCAGUCCCCUGCAGCAAUGGCUAAUUAUGGUUAUGAAGUCGCUGCUGCUUCUGGGCAUCCCCAGAUGUACUACUCUCAGGCCUCUUCACAUCCGGCACACACCCUGCAGUAUCAGACAAUGAGCUCCACAACUGUAAUUCCUGAUGUGGCUGCUUCCGAAGAUUCGAACGCAUCCCGAGCAUCAUGAACACUGGUCGGUCCCCUCGUAAUAGAAAGAAAAAGGCUUUGGGUGGAGGUGAAGGGAUCUGCAGUAAGCUCUUAAUUGUCUUUGGCAAUCUUAUUACUUAUGAACCAUGCUAAUUGUGUGUUCUCAUUUAAUAUGUUGUUUAGUGCUUGGCUUGUGUGUCUUUGCGUUGUAUGUCUGUUCAUGUGAUAGGAAUAAAGGUACUGGAUGUAUGCUCGUGUUUAUCCUGUCAAUAGUUUCAGGGAUCUUCCUUGAGUCAUGGUGUCAUAGUAUCUUCUCUUUGAAUACAAGACUGCUCUGCUAUUAUUAUUGUUAUAUUAGAAUAAAGUUACAGCACUGCUUGAUUGAA